UGUUGAAGUUGACUACCUCUGCGCUUUAUUUUAUAACCGCUAGAUGGCGCUUUAUAAUGACAUGGAAUCAUGGGACACUCCUCAUGUGACCCCGGCAGUGGAAGAACUUUCAUCAUGGGGUGCUGUUUCAGCAACGAAGAGGACGAACUUUUACCAAACAAGGAGCCCAAUGAGAGAACACAUCUCCUCCACAACCCAGCCAGUAACACACCAAACAGACCCAUAUCUAGCGAUGACUUUGCCAACCACACACCGCCCGGUCCCAAGGGAGACGAACAGUCAGCACUGAACAGAAUCUUACAUCAGACGGCAAAUAAUGUUAUAGAUGUGUCAGCGAUCGACCACCACAGUAUGGAGCAGCAUGAAUACAUGGACAGGGCACGACAAUACAGCACAAGGAUAGCAAUAGUGACCAGUAGUUCAGGGGGGAGGUUGAAGAAGAAGACCCCCCUGCCGCAGGGUACAGCCACCCCCCAGGCCGUGCUGGCUACAGACCCCAUCUCACAGGCUGAUGUACAGUUGAUGAACAAAGCUGCUGCCUAUGCUGCCAGCGCUGUCUCACAAGUCAGGGUGGAGCAUAAAGAAGACCUGGUCGUGCCAUUUGGAAUCCCAUAGUCCUUUCUGUCCAUCAUAUCUGGCAGUGGUUCAUGUUCAGACUUACUAAAACACAUCUCCAUACAGUUCAUAUCAAACAAGCAUCUUAACAUCUGCUUAGCACUUGUAACUUUUGCUAUGAACUGGGUUUAGUUUCAUAUUGUCUGUGUCCUGCAGGCUAAUGAACAUUAUGCAUUUUGUACAUGUGUUUAACCCUACCUUUGCUGACUUGCCAGUGUGCCAUUACCAUGUCCAUGCACAUAGCAUUAGGAGGGUUAAAGAUACUUAAACCUAGAGGUCACUUGGAAAGCGAGGCUGUACUUUGGAUUAAAAGCAUGACGAUUUUUAACGGACUAUGUGUAUAAAAGCAUGAACCAUUGCCACAUUCCAAAAAACCAACUUUCUUACAAGGGUUGAAACUUCUUAUAUGGGGGGUAUCAAGGAACAGAGGGUUUAGAUAGUGCCUCUUCCACUUGUGCAACUUUCUCUGGAAGAUGAGUAUUUUGUGACAAGUUGAGACUUGGGAGUAUGGACUGACACCUUGGGAAGAAAACUGUAGAGGUCGAACCAGUCCUUUUAAGACUGUAAAUUUUGUCAUCAGUGAAGUUAGCUUGAUAUGACAGAACAAAGAACAAUUGUGAAUAUUGUCCAAAACUAAUGUAGACAUGGUAAGAUGAUGCUUGUUUGACAGGAUGUUUUUGUGUUAUAUCAAGUAUCUGUUGAUCAGGCUAUACCAAUGUAAUAACUCGUAUUUGUUUCUUAUAAUGUAUUUGUUUCUUUCCCAAAGAGGAAUCCUUAUAAAACAUAGAUCAGGCCAAACAACCAGUCUAAGUCUAGAGUCUGGGUUUUGUUUGAGUUAUUUUGCUGGCAAUUACAUGUACUGGCCCUCUCCUCUGUAAUUUAUUACUGACUCUAAUUUUUCUGAUUCUGUAUGAAAUAAUAUGAGAAGAAAUUUUCAUUAAUGGUAAAGCAGUCACAACUGAAGGCGUGAAGACAAGAGAAGUCAGAGUUGGACUAUAUACAUAUGCUGUAUAUAUAAAUAUAUAUUAUAUGCCUUCCAGAGCUAGUUUAUACAUGUAUUGAACUAUGCUUGCUUUUAAGCUAGGUUCCUCUUGUGGGCUUAUGCUUAUGAAUUAGCUAGGAAAUUCUGUAAGGCAUGUGCUUGUUACAUUCAAGCUGUAUCAUUUUUGUAGGGAGAAUGUUGAGUUCAGAAUUCUGACAUUACUUUCUGUAUUUGCUUAGCCUUUCAAAUGAAAGCAUGUAGCUGAAGCAGAACUGAAAUUCUCAGUUUUUCCAUUUUUUUUGUGGAAACAUCUUCAAGUCUUCAGAAAUUUCUCCACUUUCUAUUGGAAUGUCAUUGACUUGAUCUUUUUUCAGGUUUUGAAAGGAAGAUAACGUCACAAUGCAGUUAUGGGAAGUGGAAACAUUUCUCAUUGCUUUUGGACUUUGGGGGCUUUCAAGAUGAUUCUGUCUAUAGCACACUGCCCACAGUUAUUUUGCCACUACUGGUCAAACUGCUUUUGAAAGUAUAUAGCAAAAUAAAAAAAAUGAAAACUUCUGUAA